UUCGUACGAUAGAUAGAUACGGUAUGGUACCACCGGAGGGCCUUUCUCUUGAGCACCAAAUAGGCCCACAAAAAUCAACACAAGCAUCUUCAAAAGCAAACAACAAUCAGUAAUCAUGAGCAUCACAAGCAACGAGAACAGCCCAAGUAAUGCCAACCAGCAGGGACAAAAGUCAGGAACUUGGCAACAGGUCAAGACCGUCAUGCGCAAUUGCAAGUCGCGUACGGCUUAUGCCUCCAAAAACACACAGGAAGGAAUCAAAAUCCAGCAGCUCCAGCUGAGUAUUGCGGCUCGCAAGAAGUCCUUUGGGAUGGAGUACAUGGAUCUUAUGCUGGAGAAGGAUGCGUCUCCAGAGGAACUACAAGCUUGCGCCGACAAGGCCGCUACCGAGAUCAGUCAACUCGUAGCCCAGUUGAAUGCCUGCCAAGAGCACAUUGCGUUGAAUAAGGAAAAGCUGGAGAGAAAGAUUGCUACCCGAAAGGGAGUUGUCAACCACACUCAACCCGAAAUCCACGUGACUCCUUCCGAGGAUUCUGGUGCACCAGAAACAGCACCUACCUCCAACGAGGAGACCGUCGCGGAGAACAGUAAUGAUAUUUUCAGCCGUCGAAAUGUUGUUGCUGAGCAGGAGAGUGAUACCAUGCCGACUGCCGAGCGUGAGCGUGAGGUGGAGCCCACAGGUGAGCGUGAGAUGCCUGCAGACGAUGAUGAUGAGCCUGAGAUUGAGAUGGGUCCUUUUGAUGAAGCUCCCUCCAGUCCUACUACUGGUACCAACGAGGUACGCCCCACCCCCAGUGCCCCGUUUGAAGAGGAAAUCAACGUCCCAGAGGCGACACCCGUUGCCCGCGCCACCAUUGCCGAAUUGCCACCCUACGAAGCCAGGAUCUAUGACUUGGACUAAAGAUAGAUAGAUGAGCUCUAGCUAGCAGAACUUUAAAAUUAACUAGCUCAAUCAGGUACCAGUACUUC